AAGAAGCAGCACAUUUCCCAGUGUCGUGUCUCGAUCCACAAUACAGAAACAGAGUGUGUGUCACCCUUAUGAUAACAGAGGCUAUAGAACAAUCAGUGAAAGUGCCUCGAGAAACUGAGGAAGAUUGUCCUGUGAAAGUGAAACAGAAAGUGUUGCUCAGUAGGGAGGAGGAGGAGGAGAGGGGGGUGAGUGAGGCUGACAGUGGCACAUUCCCGAAGGAGAGGCAGUGUGCGUUGCCGGGUUCCAGGCAUCCUCACUGCAGCCAGGACGAUGGCAGAGUCCCCGAGUCCUGCUCCCCAGAUCCAGAAGGUGUUGGUCCUGUACACCGGGGGCACUGUGGGCAUGGUGCCCGGGUCGGCUGGGUAUGUGCCGGGACAGAAAGGCGACUUCUCCAAGGAAUUCCGCAGACAUCCCGAAAUCUUCGAAAAGGAGGAGAAGAGCUGGUUUAUUUUACCGAAAAAGGUCACCAAUGAGUGUCCUGGGAAGGUUCAAGUUCGUUACCAAGUCGAGGAGGAGGAAAAGCCCAUUGACUCCUCCAAGAUCACUCCUGAGCUCUGGGACAAAUUCGCCUCCAAAAUUCAGGAAAAUGCAAGUAAGUAUCAUGGGUUUGUCCUCCUCCACGGCACGGACACUCUGGCCUACACCUCCUCCGCUCUGUCCUUCCUGCUGCAGGGGCUGAAGAAGCCAGUGGUGGUCACAGGAGCCCAGAGGUCUCUGUUUGAGCCGCGCAGUGAUGCUGUGGACAACAUCCUGGGGGCACUGAUGAUCGCCGGCUGCUACUGUCAGGACCCCGCGCUGCAGCUGGUGUCCGUGUUGUUCAACCACAAGCUCUUCAGAGGGAACCGCGUGACCAAGUACGACUGUGAUUCCUUCGACGCCUUCAGCUCCCCGAACGCCGAGCCCCUGGUGGAGAUGGGGGUCACCAUCAAGGUAAAUGCCAACCCCCCAUUGGACUGCGGGGAAUCUUCUCAGCCACUCACCCCUCUGAAGGUCAAGAGUUUCGACGUCAGGGUCCUGCGUCUGUUCCCCGGGAUCCAGAAGUCCUAUGUGAAAAGUGUGCUGGCUGGCGAUGGAGGGGUGAUUCUGGAGACUUACGGUAGUGGGAACGCCCCGGACGAUGACUGGUUCAUCGACGCCCUGAAAGCAGCGACGGACAGAGGGGUCCUCAUCCUCAACUGCACGCAGGUCUACAAGGGCUCCGUGCGCCCCAUCUACGAGACUGGAACGGGUCUGGAGAAGGCAGGUGUGCUGUCUGGGUUUGACAUCACCUCUGAAGCUGCGCUGACCAAGAUGCUGUGGUGCCUGCAAGUGACCAAAAUUCCAGAGGAGCGCAAGAAGAUAAUGCAGAAGAGUAUCUGUGGAGAGAUGACUGUCAGUGAGCAAAAGGACCCCACCGCUGACCGACGUGUAGUAGCAAGCCCAGAGGACCUCCCCGCCGCCUGCCUCCUGUGGGAAAAGAUGCUCAGCUGUGACCCAGAAUAACACACCACCGCCUUUUACUUCAGAUCGGCACCUCAGCAACACACCCCAGCAGAGUCUGCCCGAAGAGCACCGGCUGUCGUUAACGUUUCCAAUGAACUGGCCUAGUGCAGUCUGGAUUGAUCAUGUCACCUUCUCCCUCCUGUCCUGCUGUGUCUGUUCAUUAUCAUCAGAUUCCCUGUCAACGCCUGUCUCCCAAAGCCAGCACAAUCUCCCACACUGUUGUGUUUUCUUCACUCAGUGUGUCCCCUAUCCUUUUUUUUCUUUAAUAUUAAAGGAUAUUCUGUGAUCUCCCAUCCUAUUAUCAUGUGCUUAAUCCUCAGAAGAACGGCUUCAGACUGACGAAUGCAAGUGCUCUACAGACGUUUGUCUGCAUUUCUCUUAAAUGUCUGUCUCCCCACUGUGUGAGUCUGCUGGGUUUUUACUACUGUAAAAUGAGCUGUAGCUUUUCUCACCAGGAAGAAAAAAGCCUUAUUUCAUCCUUGCUGGUUUUCCUGCCCUCAGUGGGGACAAAACCAUUAGUUAUUAAACCAAUGACUCUGUCUAUCUGUAUAUCAGAUUUAAAACUAUAGUUUUGUAUGCAUUCCUUUCUUUGCUAAUACAACUUAAUACAGACCUUUGUCUUUCUUUG